AUGUUUGUCCUGAAGUUGCUGUCGGUGGCGGCGGCCGCCAUGUUCUAUUCAGACGCCAACUGGGCUUGGGCGACUACCGUUGAAAAUGCCGCUGGGAGUGAUGCAAAUAAUAAAUCUCAAGUGAAUGGACAUACUGAACACGACAACGAUGAAGGAGAACCAGAAAUCGAAGAACCUAAUGACUCUCUUGACUCUACUACUAACACGGCGGAGAGGGUUAAGUGUUGGGAGCAAAUGAACGUUGCCCGAAGCGCCGCUGGCUUCGCUGAGUUCACGCAACACAAUAUGUUUAAAAUUCAAGAUAACGAGACCGAGCCUCAAAAUGCUGCCGCCGAACUCAAGACAUACCUGGAAAAAGUCUGCGAGGGCAUUAAAACAAACCAAAAACCUGAAGGCUUGACCACCGCAAUCGAAGGUACCUUCGCCUACGCAGUUCAAGACGGGGAAGAGGCUGACUGCCAGGCUGCGGUGGACUACUGGAAGGACGCCUUCACCAACUUCAAGGGGGAGUUGCCUCCCAACGAUACCCAAAAUGUCUCCUUUAUUUCCCUCUUCAACCCCCAAGACAGUCCUCAGGUGGACUGCGCAUACUUCAACUGCCCUGCAUCAGCAGGAGGGGGCGAAAAGCAGAAACAAGGUACCGGCGAAGACAAGGAAGUGAAGGCGCUGAUUUGCGCCACGACUCCCGAAGCCUUGAAAGCUGGCGAACAACCUUUUAAGCAAGAGCAGUGGAACAAAAUAACGGUGGCUCUCAGUUCCGGUAGCACCGUAGGACCAGUGCCGACAUUCCUUGCACUGGCUGCUGCUGCGCUGGCCGCUGUUUUCUUCUGA